UCUCUGGGCCUGGCUCUGGUUCACGCUCACACUCGACUCGCAGCUGAGCACCCGGGUCAGAAUCGCUCGGUGGAGGGGCCCGUGGCGAACAGGCUGGACUCUGGCGGCAGCACGUGGCCCCUGAAGCUCAACAGUAUGGACCUGGAGCAGGUCAUAACUCUCGGUCUCGCGCUGCUGCUGGCCGUGAAGUACGUCUUCUUCGAGCAGACGGAGACAGAGUCCUCGCUGUCCCUCAUGAGUCCCAUCAUCAGCUCUCCUCAGCCCAGAUUAUCAGACGACUGCUGCAGGAGGGACUUCCCGGCCCCGAAAGCCCACGCAACCGUCAACGGCCCCUUAGCAACCAGCCCUGCCUCACCAGCUGUCUCGGACUCUCACCUGUCCCCCGAGGUGGACACGGCGUGCCGACAGAAAGCGGAGACAUCUCAGCGUCCAGCAGUGGACAGCGGCCCCUGUGUUUCAUGUUUUGGGAACUUUCUCGCUCCGACACCUCAAUGUGACUUAAAUUCAGAGGUCCGGCCGCUGGAGGAGUGCAUGGCCGUCCUCUCAGAUCCUCAGAGGGGGGCUCGUUUUCUGACUGAUAGAGAGGUGAUGAGUCUGGUGACCUCCCGAAAUAUCCUGAACUAUAAACUGGAGGCCGUCCUGGAGACCCCAGAGAGGGGCGUGGCCAUCAGGAGGGAGAUGUUGUCACCCAAACUGCCCGUUGUCUCUGCUUUAGCUUCUCUGCCUUAUAAAGACUACGACUAUUCAAAGGUGAUGGGCACCUGCUGUGAGAACGUCAUCGGCUACAUGCCGGUGCCGGUGGGAGCGGCCGGUCCUCUUCUGUUGGACGAGAAGACGUUUUACGUUCCUCUGGCGACCACAGAGGGCUGCCUGGUGGCGAGCACCAACAGAGGCUGCCGAGCGCUUUCUGUAAGUGAGGAAGUCUUUUCACUUUGAUUCUGUGUGAGGCUACAAGAAGCGUUUAUUUUAUUUUUAUGCUGUUAAUCUUUUAAUCUGGGAAGCACUUUGUUUUUAGGU